UAUUUGGGACGCGGCCGUUGACUGUGUUUCCGCCGGACUACAUGAGCGCGUUUGGAGUUGUUCUUUAGGCCAUGGCGAACAGAACAGUUAAAGAUGCCAACAGCAUACACGGAACUAAUCCGCAAUAUCUGGUGGAGAAAAUCAUUCGGACGCGAAUCUACGAGUCUAAAUACUGGAAAGAAGAAUGUUUCGGGCUUACAGCCGAGCUGGUCGUGGACAAAGCGAUGGAGCUGAAAUUCAUUGGCGGGGUGUACGGAGGCAACAUCAAACCCACCCCCUUCUUAUGUCUCACCCUGAAGAUGCUCCAGAUUCAGCCAGAAAAAGACAUCAUUGUGGAAUUCAUCAAGAACGAAGAUUUCAAAUAUGUCCGCCUGCUUGGAGCCAUGUAUAUGCGCUUGACCGGCACCUCAGUGGACUGCUAUAAGUAUCUGGAACCACUCUACAACGAUUACAGAAAGAUUAAAAGCCAGAACAGAAAUGGAGAGUUUGAACUGAUGCACGUGGACGAGUUCAUAGACGAGCUGCUUCAUGGCGAGCGCGUGUGUGAUAUCAUCCUCCCGAGGCUUCAGAAGAGGCAGGUUCUGGAGGAGGCUGAGCUGCUCGAUACACGUAUCAGUGCCCUGGAAGAAGACCUGGAUGAGGUGGAGUCCAGUGAAGAAGAAGAGGAGGAGGAGGAAGAGAAGCCGGAGCGAGUACAGGCGCCAGAGCCACACAGACGCAGUUACAGAGAUUUGGAUAGACCACGCAGAUCUCCAUCUCCUCGCUACAAACGAAGCCGCUCGCCCAGAAGACGAAGCAGAUCACCGAAGAGACGAAGUCCUUCUCCCAGACGUGAGCGAGAGCGCGAUCGUCACCGCAGUAAGAGUCCUCGCAGACACCGCAGCAGAUCCAGAGACAGGAGGCACCGCUCCAAAUCUCCAGGUCAUCACAGGAGCCACAGGCACCGCAGUCACUCAAAAUCACCAGAGAGUCGCUCGAAGAAGAGUCACAAGUCGAAGAGGAAAUGAAUGUCAUGGGAGUUGUGGUGUUUUUGUUUUGUUUUGUUUUUUUAAUAAAACUCACUUUUAUUAUUGAUUCGGGCAGUAAUGUAAAAAUUCAUGUUGUGAAUUUUCUCAUUAGCCCAUUAAAUCCACAAAUGAUUUUGA